AACAAGAUGAGUUACGAUCGCGCUAUUACUGUAUUUAGCCCUGAUGGGCACUUGAUGCAAGUGGAGUAUGCCAUGGAAACGGUAAAGAAGGGCGGUUGUGUAGUUGGCGUCAAGGGUGUAGAUAAUGUAGUCCUAGCAGCUGAACGCAAGACUACAACCAAAUUGCAAAUUCCAAGAAGCUCCAAAAAAAUAUUACAGCUAGAUGAUAAUAUGGCAGUAGCCUUCGCAGGACUUAACGCAGACGCAAGAGUACUCAUCAAUAAGACAAGACUUGAAUGUCAGAGGUAUCGUCUAAACGCUGACGAGGUGGCGUCAGUGGGAUAUAUUGCAAAGUACAUCGCAAGACUCCAACAGAAAUACACACAUAGAGGCGGAGUACGCUUAUUCGGAGUGGCGCUGCUAAUAAUUGGAUAUGACUCCAAUGGCAAACCUGGUCUAUACCAAACUGAGCCCUCGGGAAUACAUUCCUCGUGGAAGGCACAGUCUAUCGGAAGAGGGUCAAAGAGCGCGCAAGAGUUUUUAGAGAUCAAUUAUAAAGAGGGUAUGAACGUGGAAGAAAGCGUAACGCUAUCCAUCAAGGCACUCGUAGAGGUCAUGGAAGUGUCAGCCAAGAACAUAGAAGUUGCGAUACUAGGACCAACGGGAUUGCAAAUACUCGAUGAAGAGGCAAUUUCACAUGUUCUCAAGAAUAUUAACGAAGCUAAAGCUGCUCAGUGAUUACGUCUUUUCUAUCACUACUUGGUGUCUCAACUGAUAUUGGUUGGACAUGCAUUAAGCCGCUUUCGUGAACUCAUCAACAGCAAACUAACGCUCCAUAUAAUGUAAUAA